CUUGGGCCAAUGGGCGGCCUAGGACGCCCUUUUCUCCCCGCCCCUGUCCCGCUGCCUGGCGCUGCGAGCGAGCGGCUGCUGCGCCGGAGCUGAGGCCCGCGGAAGGACCAUGUUCCGCCGAAAGCUGACGGCGCUGGAUUACCACAACCCGGCCGGCUUCAACUGCCGAGGACACGCCUUCCAACUUCUACAACCAAUGAGGCACAGUUGUUCUACAGACUAGUCUCAUUCACUCCUACCCCUGAUUCAUCCCUCAGAGCAGGUCCAAUCUCCACUGAAUGAGAUCGUGUUCCAAUGGAAAAAAUGAUGAAACAGAAUUUAGAAACUUUAUUGUGUGGCUUGAAGACCAGAAGAUCAGACACUACAAGAUUGAAGACCGAGGAAGUCUAAGAAACAUACACAAUGACGAAUGGCCUAAAGCCUUUGAAAAGUAUCUGAAAGAUGUUAACUGUCCCUUCAAGAUACAAGAAAGACAAGAAACAAUUGAUUGGCUUCUUGGGUUAGCUGUUAGGCUUGAGUAUGGAGAUAAUGCUGAUAAAUAUAAGGACUCCACACCUGACAGUGCUAAAAUUACUGAUAAUGCAGCAAAAAAUGCAGAGCCACUGAUAAACUUGGAUGUGAAUAAUCCUGACUUUAAGGCUGGAGUGAUGGCUUUGGCUAACCUUCUUCAAAUCCAGCGACAUGAUGACUAUUUGGUAAUGCUUAAGGCAAUUCGCAUUUUGGUUCAAGAGCGCUUGACUCAGGACGCCAUAGGAAAGGCAAAUCAAUCGAAGGAGGGUUUGCCUGUUGCUUUAGAAAAGCACAUUCUUGGUUUUGACACAGGAGAUGCUGUCCUUAAUGAAGCUGCCCAAAUUCUUCGAUUGCUGCAUAUAGAGGAACUCAGAGAGCUGCAAACAAAAAUUAAUGAAGCCAUUGUAGCAGUUCAGGCAAUUAUUGCUGAUCCAAAGACAGACCACAGACUGGGGAAAGUUGGAAGAUGAGCAAGUUAAGACUGUAGUCUCCUGUGUACUUAGUACUGUUAGGAACUAUGUACAACUCUGGCAUGCAGUCUGAAAUGGAUAGUCCACUGCUUUGAAAGAAAGCAAAGAGGAAAUGGAAUUCUGACUGGUCUAGUGAAUUAUUACCAUUUUUCUUUAAAUAAAGUUGGGGAAAUAGC